GUCAUUGAGUGUGCGCUGCGCUUUCCUUAACAAUCGUUUGUAUCCGUCACUCGUUAAUACCCUACAAAUUCUUUCUCCUGCUCUCCCUAUGACGUUGCCAUCAUAACAUCCUUCUUAACGAUAACGCGAUCCAUGCAAGCAGAUGGGCAAGUGGAGUUACGGGGUUAUUUUGGAUGCCGGGUCAUCGGGCACUCGACUCCAUGUAUACAAAUGGUUGAAGCCGGAUAAGGCCCGCGCGAAGGCCAACGCAAAAGACCUGCGUAGCCUUCCGAGACUCGAAACCAGAAAGGACUGGACCGUCAAGAAGAAGCCUGGGAUAUCCACAUUCAACGAUAAGCCGGAAGAGGUCGGCGGCUAUCUAGAAGAAUUGUUUUCGCAUGCUCUCAACAUCGUCGAAAAAGAUGAAGUCGCCAAUACCCCGAUCUUCCUCCUCGCCACGGCUGGCAUGCGACUCCUCCAACCAUAUGAACAAUCGGCCAUCCUAAAAGAAGUCUGCGCUUAUGCACAAUCCCACACCAACUUCCACCUCCCAGACUGCGACAUCCACAUUCAGAUCAUCCCAGGAGAGACCGAAGGGCUGUACGGUUGGAUCGCUGCGAACUACCUACUACAGAGCUUUGAUGAACCGGAACACCAUGACCAUGGGAAAGAUCAUCAUACGUAUGGGUUCCUGGAUAUGGGGGGUGCAUCGGCACAGAUUGCUUUCGCGCCAAACACCACCGAAGCCGAGAAGCAUGCGAACGACCUGACGCUCCUCCGAUUGCGAACCAUGGACGGGUUGCCCCAAGAGUACCGGGUCUUCGUGACAACGUGGCUGGAGUUCGGCGUUAACAAAGCACGGGAACGAUACGUCAACAAAUUGCUGGAUUACACCGAACACAAACUCGCAGAGGUGCCCGAUCCAUGCUUGCCUCAGGGACUCAACGUCACGACGCAAGGAAAACCGAUUACUGAGGGGUCGGAGGAGUGGCUUGGACGCAAGCCGCACUUGCUGGGCACCGGAAUCUUCUCGGAAUGCUUGCACGCAACGUACCCGCUCCUCGAAAAGGAUGCACCAUGUCCCGACAAGCCAUGUCUCGUGCACGGCGUACACACUCCAGCGCUCGACUUCGAUGUGAACCAUUUCGUUGGCGUCAGCGAGUACUGGCAUACCACCCACCAAGUGUUCGAGAUGGCGCACACCGACCGGGGUUACGAUUUCAAAAGCUAUCAAGCCAUGGUAGACCAAUUCUGCAGCCAGCCGUGGGGAGCGAUCCAGAGCGGCCAGGUCGGCAAGCAAUGGGGCAAAAAGGUGGACGAGGAGACGGCGAGGGAAGUGUGCUUCAAGGCCAGUUGGCUCAUCAACAUGCUUCACGAGGGGAUCGGCGUGCCUCGCGUUGGGAUCGAGCAAUCCUCCCAUAACACCACCCUAAAACACAGCAAAUCCAAAGGCGACAAGCACGGUCUGUCCGCGAGCUCAAAGUCGACCACCGAUUACGUUGACCCGUUCCAAGCCGUCGACAAGAUCGACGGAGUCGAGGUCUCCUGGACCCUUGGAAAAAUGAUCCUCUACGCCUCCUCCCAGGUCCCCCCCGCCCCCAAAGCCAUGACCGAUCCCUACCUCGUCGGCUUCGGCCCCAACAAACUCAACGUCGAAACCACCCCCGACUGGCACCCCGCCGGCGGCUCCUCUCUCCCCUCCCACCCCUCUUCCUCCACCAACCACACCACCUCCCCCCUUCCCCCCAAAGACCGUCCCGACCCCCUCUCCACUGACUCCCCCCGCCGCAUCCCCGGCCUCCUCCUCUUCGCCCUCAUCCUCCUCCUCGCCACCUACCUCCUCCUCGGCCGCACCCGCCGCUCCUCCCUCCUCGCCAAACUCCGCCGCGCCCCGCCCCCACCAACCAAACGCCACCGCGCCGGCCCCCUCAAGCUCGUCACCCAGGUCUUCGGCUCCCACCGCGAUCCCCGCUACGAGCGUGUCGCCGCCACCGACCUCGACGACCCUGCGGCCUUCGAGCUCGGCGACGUCGAGGAGGCGUACUCCGACGAGUCGCCGGUAUCCGCGUCUGCGAUGCGGCCGUCGAUUUUCGGCGGGGUGAUGAUAGAGUAUUAGGCGUAUGGCUGGGAUGGGAAUUUGGCGUUUUUGGACGUAGGCUUCAUGGUUGAACCAGGAGUGUUUUAUCGAUUAUUCUGUAGAUAUUAUCACGUUUAUCAUGCGUAAAGCAGCGUUACGAUCGAGAAAAUAAUGUCUCUGUUUUAUAUUAACUCUUGGUGAAGAUUGUCA